CAUAUAUGCGUAGAUGGAAGUCUUCCUUCGUCCCUUUACCAUCAUACAAAUAAAUCAUCAUACAAGUCUAAACCAUCCCAAAUUACCACACUUCCAGAAACAAGAAACUCGAAAACCUCGAGAACAAAACCCUCAAUUAACAACAGUCAUCUCGUAUAAAUCGAAAAAUAAAAGUAAAAUAAAUAAAGCCAAAUAUCUUCACAAUGGCGUCCCGCCUCAUCUACCUUACCCGACUCGCACGUCUACACACGCACGCUGACCCGCAACCAUCCUUCCACCAAGCACCAUCUCUCCUCUCCCUACAACACCACCGCCACGCCUCCAACAACUCCAACUCCAACUCCAACUCCAACCCCAAUCCCAAUCCCAAUCCCAACCCCUUCCAAUUCACACCAUCGCCACCACGCCUACCACCCGACCAACAAGCCGAAUUCGAGCGACUCCAGCGCACCGCCAACACGCAAGAGGGCUUCAACCCGACCUCAUCCCCGGAUUUCAGCUCUCCCGCCUCUUCCAAUCCCUCUACCACAGCAGCAGCAGUAGCAACAACAGCGCCAGCCGUCGAAGACGACCUCCCAUCGAUACCGCUGCGUAAAGGCGCGCCCCCCGAAUUCGAAGGCGACGUCAACCCCAAGACGGGCGAGGUCGGCGGGCCCAAGAACGAGCCCCUGCGCUGGGGACCCGCGGGCGAUUAUAGCUUCAACGGGCGGGUUACCGAUUUCUAGGGAGGCCUACCUGAUAACUACUUACCUUAGGUACCUACCUAAUAUACAAAUAUAUAAUCAAGGUCAUGCGUAGUCGAGUUACCGAGGUGGAACCCGUUACGAAGUCAGGCCGAGACGACUUUUCUCUACCGGCUUGUUUAUUAUCCAGAGAGGCGAAGGAAGACGGUAUCCUAUCCCUCUGCAAAGGCGAUUAAUUAACGUUACUACUUCUAUGUGUCUAUCGCUUCGAUCAUGGUCACCUACCUAUAGGCAUAUAACUCGAGUAACCUAAUGUAUACCUCCACGAGGUGCAAGUUGUCAGGGUGUUAGGGUGCCAGGGUUCGUCUUAGGCUGAACGAUUGCUUGACCAACAACAUAUUACGGAAUCACCAAGUUAUUAAACAUAAGAGGUGCAAAUAGC